UGAAAAAUAAAAUAUCGAUAUUGAUUCCCGUGGUUAGCAAUUAAAAUACCAAAAGGUCAAUGGCGUAGCUAGUCCAGAAAUCCAGCAUCAUCAUCACUACUCUCCUACUUCUGUGCAUCCAUCACCGGACAAAUGAAGUAUAUAUGUAAGUAACAUCCAUAAAUUAAUAUUUUGAAAAAUAACAACAGGGCUUUUAAUAUUGUUUAACAAACUCACUCUUUAUAAGUUCAUCAAAAACUGAUAUCCAGAUUUUCCAUAUGGAUAAUUCAAUCCAUUCAACUUCAAAGUUCAAAUUUGAGUGGCAAAAAAAAAACCCAAACAAAAUCUUCCAGCUAGAAAUUCAGCCAUACUUCCAAAUUCCAAAAAUAUCAUCAUCCCAUGUAUAACCAUCCAGCAGCAGCAGCCAUGAGGAAAGCAACAUUGCCACCGGUGCCGCCGCCGACGACCACGACGUCCUCACUACGUUUCCGGGGUAAGAUUUGGUCGGAAAACAACUACACCAAAACUAUUGGUUUCACUUUGCUUCUUUUCUUAGCUUACUCUUUAGGCAAAUACAGUGCGUCCAAACCGGUUCUUCUUCUGCCGCUGCCGCCACCGCCAUCGGAAUCCAUUUCGGUUGAAACCAAAAACACUGUUGAAAACAAAAAUGAUGGCAUCAUUGAACGCGAGGAUCAUCCCGUCGAUAUAAUCAAUUCCGAUGAUCAUAACAUUUUCGGAACGGUAUGCCCGGCAGCAGUUGAUCACCCAAACCCGAACCCGAAACUCGUUCGCCAAACCAUCAUUGACCGGGUCUUCAGCGGAGUCUCCCCUUGGUCCGAUUUCCCACCACCCCACGUCGGAAAAUUCCUCCGGCCCAGGAAAAUCCAUGGCUGGGGAUCCACCGGAGCCGUUUUCCGCAACCUGAUCCAGAAAGUCAAGCCCAAGAUCAUAAUCGAGGUGGGCACUUUCCUGGGCGCCUCGGCGCUCCACAUGGUCCAGUUGACCCGCGAAUUGGGCCUCUCCGACACCCAGAUCCUCUGCGUCGACGACUUCCGGGGCUGGCCCGGGUUUCAGAAGGACAAGGACAUCAGAACCGUCAACGGCGACGUCAUGCUGCUGUACCAGUUCAUGCAGAACGUGAUCCAAGCCAACGCGUCGGAGUCGGUGAUCUUCCUGCCGUUCUCGACCGGGUCGGGUCUGGAGAGCCUCUGCCAGUGGGGGGUUUACGGCGACUUGAUUGAGGUCGACGCCGGCCACGAUUUUCAUUCCGCUUGGUCGGAUAUUAGCCGGGCUUACAAGAUUCUCCGGCCCGGCGGCGUGCUUUUCGGCCACGACUACUUCACCGCCGCCGAUAACAGAGGUGUCCGGAGGGCGGUCCAGUUGUUCGCCAAGGUUAAGCAUCUCCGGGUGGAAGCCGAUGGCCAGCAUUGGGUUCUUCAUGACGACUCCAUUGGAAAUUAAAUUUGUAGUACAGUUGUUACUUUGUUAAAAUUUUAUUUACGCUCAUCUGUAAAAUUUCAUUUUUGAUCACAUCUUGUAACAUUACGUGAAAAUUUGAUGGAUGCACCCACUUUUGGGUAAUUAUUCAGUUUUAAAUAAUGAAGGAGGUAACACAAAAGUGUUGCUGAACAUUGCGUGUAUUUUGUAUUCUAUCUUGGUCUUGUUUUAAAUUCUAUAUUUAUUUGUGAUAACGUGAAAAAGCAG